UGUUGCGCGCUGUUACAUCCCCGCGGUCGCUGUUAUCAGUUCCUCGACGAGUGAUAACAAACCGUGAUAACCACAGGCCUAUCUCAAUCCCAGGUUCUCCGAAGGACUUGGACACUCAAGGAUGGUUCUGUUCUGAACCCAUCGCGAUGAUGUCGACCAGCCUGAACUCUACAUAUCAGCCCAGCGUCCUCUGGUGGGAGGUGGGCAAGCUGCAGAUCCUCCUCUACUCCACCAUCUUCCUGUUGGCCGUGGUCGGCAACUGUUUGGUUAUCCUCACUCUUAUCUUCAACCAGACCAUGCGGACCAUCACGAACGUGUUCCUGCUGAACCUCGCCGUCUCUGACCUUCUGCUCGGUGUCCUCUGCAUGCCCUUCACCCUCGUCGGUACCAUCCUCCGGGACUUCGUCUUCGGCGACUUCAUGUGCAAGCUUAUUCCCUUCCUGCAAGCUUGCAGCGUGUCCGUGUCGGCCUGGACGCUGGUGGUGAUAUCUGUAGAGAGAUACUACGCCAUCUGUCAUCCUCUACGUUCUCGGCGCUGGCAGACACUAUCCCAUGCGUAUAGGAUGAUCAUUGCUAUCUGGAUGUCUAGUCUCUUCACUAUGGCACCUAUAGCAUAUCUCAGUCAGCUAAUACCUACAAAUCAAGGUCACCGGAAAUGUCGGGAAAUCUGGCCAAGCCGCUCUCUGGAGAGGAUGUACAACAUCCUGCUGGACGCUCUGCUGCUAGUGCUGCCCCUGGUGGGACUCACUGCAACCUAUUCUCUCAUAACACACACUCUCUGGAAGGGGAUGCAACUUCAGAACGGCGGUCAAGUGCCAGUGUCGUGCUCGGGGGAGCUGGUGCGCCAGGUGGCAUGUCUGCAGAUGAGGACCUCCUUGUCAAGUGCUGCCCCCGGUAGUGGCCACACAACCCGCUAUGAUGAUUUGAUCCUCUAUUCUCUAUGUCUUGUCUGCAGUGCCCGUGUCGUGCUCGGGGGAGCUGUGCCAGUGUCGUGCUCGGGGGAGCUGGUGCGCCAGGUGGCAUGUCUGCAGAUGAGGACCUCCUUGUCAAGUGCUGCCCCCGGUAGUGGCCACACAACCCGCUAUGAUGAUUUGCUCCUCUAUUCUCUAUAUCUUGUCUGCAGUGCCCGUGUCGUGCUCGGGGGAGCUGGUGCGCCAGGUGGCAUGUCUGCAGAUGAGGACCUCCUUUUCAAGUUCAGGAAACCGGUAGUUGUCACACAACCCGCUAUGACGAUUUGCUCAUCUAUUCUCUAUAUCUUGUCUGCAGUGCCAGUGUCGUGCUCGGGGGAGCUGGUGCGCCAGGUGGCGUGUCUGCAGAUGAGGACCUCCUUGUCAAGUGCUGCCCCCGGUAGCGGCCACUGGGAAAGCAUGCGCCGCUCUAUAACUACUAAGGCGCUCACUAAGAAGAAGCGAGUCGUCAAGAUGCUUUUUGCCGUCGUUCUUGAGUUCUUCAUCUGCUGGACUCCUUUGUACAUCAUUAAUACGGUGGUGCUAUUCGAGCCAGUCGUGGUGUACAAUGUGCUCGGCUUCCACACUAUCAGCUACUUCCAACUGCUAGCCUAUUGCUCGAGCUGUUGUAACCCCAUCACUUACUGCUUCAUGAACUCGAGCUUCCGCCAGGCGUUCCUGAAGCUAUUCCGGUGCUUCCACAAGGAGAGGACAAAGAGGACUUUCUGACUAGAGGAGAGACUCUGACUGCAGUGAGAACUGCGCUACAGUUAGUUCUGUCAGUGACAAGACAGUGUUAUUGACUUCAUAAAUGUUAAACUCUGCAAUGAUUUUGUCUUCAGUGACCCCGGGUUUUAUGAUCUAGGGUGCAUGACGUAAAACUGUGUGUCAAGAGAAAUGAGUGUGAAAUCAUUAAUGGUGCUUGAAGUUUUUCUUAUCACAAAUGUUACUGCCAGUAAGCAAUUUUUAUAAAACCCUAUACGGACAGUUAACUUUAUCAGUGUUCUGUUGGUGUUUUCCAGAUUUUAUCAUAAAAUUAAGAUUCAGGGUAACAUUGGUACGUUAUGUGCUACCAAAUCCUUUUAUAUUUUAUAAUAUGUAAAUAUAGAUGACAGAGCUGUAAAAUAUCAAUGCUAUGUUUUCAUAUUUCAUCCUAGUAAGAACGGUCUAAUUAUGUAUAAAUGUUCACUGUACUAUACUUGUGAAUCUUUACAAAACUAAAUAAAAA